ACUAACUAGUGGCCUCCCAUAACAAGAGCUGACUGAUUCUUUUUCAUAUACAAAAGUUUAAGUUUGUGGUUCCAUUAAGACUCCUUAUAAGAUUACCUUUCAAUAUAAGUACUAAAGUAAGUGGCCCUUUCUUUGUAACUGCAAAGUGCAGCCUGCCAGUAGAAGACCUGACAAGAACAGCCUGCUUGCCCACAGGUUGCUUGGGUAUGAAUGUAUGUGGAUUUUGGGGAUAAUUUGUUUUUCACCUAUAAUGUAAAAUGUUUAAUCAUGUUAGGAAGAUGGAAAACAGGUUUUUACCUGUAUUCAUUAUAAUCAUUCACUUGAAAAAGAGAAUGUAACGGCAUUGUAAUUCUUAUAUUGUCUGAAAAAUUUUAUUGGGAUAUAAAGCUAUAGAAAAAAAUAUACAGCAGAAAGAAAAAAAACAGAGAAAGAACAUAGAAAGAGCAUGAGAAAAGAGGAAGAAUAAAGAAGGAAGCCAUCCAGAGAAUGUCUGAGUGCUUCCUUUCCUAAAAUCCCCCUCAGAAAAGUUUAGCUUAUGCUGACACCAUUGGAUUACGUUCAAAGCGCUGUGCCGUCUGGAGGCUGCCCCACCACCACCACCAGAUGGCAGUAUCCAAACAGUCUCCAAGUUAGCAGUGACCUAGAACAGUGGUCCAGCCCAACGGCCAGGCACAGAGGUGUGCUCACUUCUCAAGGCUCUACUGAGGCUCUCUUAAUCUGCUCAGGCAGACUUUCUGGAGCAUCUGUGAGGACAGAGAUGCACGGGGUGACCUGCACUGUGAAAAUGCAAACAGGGCCGACUGGUGGGGAUAUGUUCAAUUGUCAGCCCCCACCACAGCUUUCUCCCACAAUGCCCUGCUGCAAACCCCAAGAUCUUACUGAGGAGAGAACAGAGCGGUACUGGUAUUCAUUUGAUCAUCAUCCUCCACAGCUUGUCCCACGCUGACUGACGCUGACUGGCAUUUCAUCCCUUCUUCUAGAACCUCAGGAACUGAUGUGCUAGGUGCCCCAAUAAAGGACCUGGAAAGUCCCUCUCCACCACCACUGCAGGUUGUCAGGGCAAAGAGUCUGCAGGAUGUGGUCAAGUGCAUGCAAGAGGAAGAGCCAAGGAGAAGCUGACAGAAAGUUCCACCUUCUCCAGAGGCGGGAUCUGUGUUGCCCUGGAGACAGACAAGACUUUUUGUGCAAAUGCCAGCAUGUUCUAAGGAAAAGAUUAGGAAAAAAUGACUCCAUGACCUUUAUUCUUCAUUGUCUUUUAGCCAGGUAUACAGUGGGGGUAUACACACAAUGGAAAAGGAGCCAGAUAUACAGUGGGGUAUAUACACACAAUGGAAAAGGAGACUUGGAAUAAGUGGUUAUUUAUUGGAAUAAAUAAAUAAUAAUAAAUGCAAUAAAUGGUGCUGGCACAACAGGACAUCCACCUAAAGAAGAUUGAUGUGGGAGUGUCAUAUAUCAAUCUGUUGAUUUCAUUGGUUAAGUAAUAAACACACUGCUUGGCCUCAUAGGUUAAAGCAUUGGAGGGAGAAGUAAACAGAAUAGAAUGCUGGGCGGAAGAGGAAGUAAGGUCAGACUCUGCUCUGCUCCCGGAGAGACCCAACAGCUCUGCUCUCUGGAGCAGAGACACCAGGAUGGAUGGAGGCUAGACUCUUCCCGGUAAGCGCACCUUGGGGUGCGUACACACAUCAUUAGAAAAGGGCUAGUUCAGGUGCGAGAAUUAGCCUGUAAGGGAUAGAGUUCAUGGGCCAAGCAGUUCUUAAAUGAAUACAGUUUGUGUGUUGUUAUUUCGGGCAUGAGCUAGCCAAGCAGCCGGGGUGUUGGGGACGCAGCCCUGCCGCCGCUCAUAUUUCAACAGAAGAUUUUAAAUAAAUCUGCAUAUCUCACCCUGUUCAAAAAAAUCAGUUCAAAAUAUACAGAAAAUUUUAAUUUAAACCCUGUAGUGCUGAAGCUGUUGGAGAGAGAGAAAGGUAAACACUUCACACACAGGCACAGAUGAGACAUGUCUGAAUAGCAUACCAAUGGCACAGGGAGAAACCCUAUAAAUUGACAAACGAGAUAACAUGAAAUUAAAAAGCUUCUGUGCAGCAAAAGAUGCUAUUACUAGAAGGAACAGACAGCCCAGAGUAUGGCAAGAUCAUUACUGGUCAUGCUUCCUAUGGGGCAUUAACAUCUAGAAUGUACAAAGAAUUUCAAAUAUUAAAAAACAAAAAAAGGUCAAUAAAUGGACUAAUGAACUGAACAGUUCUCUAAAGUUAACACACAAAGGUCAAUAAAUAUUUUACAAAGUCUUCAACAUCCUUGUCCUUCAAGUAAGUUCAAGUUAAGGCCACUUUGAGAUUCCAUCUCAUCUAAACCACAAUGUCUGAGGUCAGACAACAGGUGAGAAACUCUGUCAAGGGUGUGGGGAAUAGACCCUCAGCAACUGCUAUUGGGUGUGUAAAUGGAGCAGCAUGAUGGAAACAGCAUAGAGGUUCCUAAAAACAGAACUGCCAUAGGCCCAGGUCUGUCAUUCCUGAGCAUAGACUCCGAGGAUGCUGUCCACAUCCGGCCAAAGAGAUGCCCACACAUCCAUGCUGACUGUAGCAAUACUCCCAAUUGCAAGACAACUAGGUGCAAAAAAGACCUUAAUGAAUUAGCCACAUGCAUUCUUAUGAUAGAGCACUGAAUUUCUGUUAGCAGUGACAUUCUAUUAAUGUAUUAGUAAUUUUAAUUCUAUUAGUAAAUUAAAAUUAUAUUCUUUUCAGUUUUAUUGCAAAUUGGCAAUGCUAAAUAAGUGUGAGACAAAAGGAAGUUCCAUGUCUGACUUGAGGCAAGGAAUGACCUCAUAAUGAACAGACAUGGAUAUGCAGAGAAGACACCCUGAGAGCAAUAAUCCAUAAGACACAACUCAAGAUCCACAGAGAAGCCCAAUCUCUCAAAAACUGUGAACCUGAUGGAUUCAAGCAGGCAUCUUCCAGGAGACAGAGAAAUUCUAGGGCUCAGGGGCAAGGAACCAAACAUGGAGGAAGGUCUGUCUCAGACUGUUUCAGCAGGAGGGCUUGGAAGGAGGGAGCAGGGAAACCAGGAGGCAGGAGGGUCUGCUGGGCUUGAGGCUGGGGAGGGACUGUGGCUCCCUCCCUCCUGCCAGGAGCCCUUUGUGAUGAGGAGGCCACAGCUGUGUGAUGAGAUGGCCUGACAAGCCUCCUGCUGGACUCCCAGGACUCAGUGGCUUGAGAGCAGCUGUGCGAUUCAGAAGAUGGAGAAUUCUCUCUUUCAGCUGAGCAGCAUUAGUGACUACUGGAUGAGCCUCAGCUCCAUUGUCAUGGCCAAGGACAUGAUCUUUGCUGUUAUGUGUGGAGCAGGGCUCUUCUUGCUCCUGAUCCCCUUCCUGAAGAAGUACCUAGCAUCACCACCACCUGGGAGCAGAAAGAACCCCCCAAAGGUGAGGAAAGCCUUGGUUGAAACACAAUGGAGUGUGUUCAGUCUGUUGCUCACUACUGUUACUUCCCCUUUUCCUAGUCAAGCAGAGAGACAGCUGAGAGGAACUCUCCAGAAACAGCACCUCAUCUGUAGGGGCUGGAAAGGUGGCAUAGACAGCCCCUUCUUGUGUUUUCCAACAACGCCAAGGGGAAAUGUGUUUGUGCAUAGAACAACUGAGUCAAGGUUGGAUGAGAGAAAGCUCUCCGGGAAAUGUGGAUUUUGUGUUCUCCACCAGCACAGGGGGCAGGCAGCUUGUCCACACGAGAGAGAGGAAGAAUGGGCCCGGCUCAUUUCUGUCCUUUCUCACUGUCAGGUGGUGAGGAGGGGGCAGAGCAGGGCAAGGAAGAAAAACGUUUCUGCAAAAGGUGGCAGAGAUGGCAGAAAGAAUGUGGAAGAGACCCAGAACGCAUCACGACCUGUGGAAACCCCCAUCAAGCAACCUUUAUUGGACUCCACAUCACUCCCCAUUUGGAACUCUAAUGAGAAACUGGAUCAGCUUCUCUUCUCUCAGCUGCUGUCCUACCUCAAGGUCUUGGAGGAUCUUAUACAGAGAAAAUGUAGUCAGGUUUUCUGGGGCAUGCCCUCCGUGCUCUCUGAGUCAGUGGUGGCUUCUGCCUGGGUCUCCAAGAGAUCUUCCUCUGCAGGACCUAAAACCGUGAGGUUCAGCGAUGCAUGUGGUCCUUUCCCAGCUCUUCCCAUGACUCAAGAACCUCCACAGAUUCCUCAGGCCCAGCCCUUGCCCCACCAACCCGUGACACCAAGCUUGACAUGUGUGAAAGAAGCCCAGACACUGGGCAGCCUCCCAAGCUCUACACUAAAUCGAAGUAGAAGUAGGGUCUGUGUAAAAGAUUAUUCUACCAGUGAGACAAAGAUACUGGUAUCCCUACCAAUUGAAAACCAGGAUCUGGAGUGGAAAGACACUUUAGACUCUAGUGCCCCAAAACAGCAAGCAGGCAUUAGCUGGCCCAUUCACAACUUGGCCAGGGGCACCCUGCCCGCUGAACCUGUCAGGUCAGCCUCCAUCCUUCCUGAGCAUUGUCAGUUCCUCCAGCACCAUGAGGAAACACAGAGUGAAGACAAGGUGACUGAGGUGAGAGAAAUACGAGGCUCCCCCUUCACAGUCCUCUCAUCUCCGGAACUGACACAGCUGUGGGGACAUUUCCCAGCCAACAGUCAUUGCCAGCCCAAGAACAAGCCUGGACUCCCAAAGCCUGCCCAGCCCUCCAUCCUCGACUACAAAAGCUGCAAGCUAAGCCAGAUGAUAGGGUCUGUGUCCUCGGCGACACCCUUAAAGAAGUCAGAAGCAUGUGACAUGCACGACCCCAUCAAGAAGGGCCCCGGUUUAAGGGCCAAUGACUUGCCUUGCACAUCAAGCAGCAGCCCUGGGAAAGGCCUGGAACCCAGAAAGCCUGCACUGAGGACAGAUCAGCAGUCCUAUGUGAACACCGUUCGGGAUCUUUCCUUUCUCGACCCAAAGACUCAAAUGAAGCUGGAAUCAAACAUCACGCAGCUUCCUAUGAAAGGUAGGAGGAGACCAUAUCUACAGACUCUUGAGUCAGGGGAUCUCACAACACCAGGGGUUCCAGCCUCAUCCCUUCCCCAGCCUGUGUAUCCCUCUUCACCCACCUCUGUUUCUAAGGCUGAAUACUAUUCCAAGGCUGCCAUGAUCUUAGAAAAAUUGCAUCACCAAGAUCCAGGAGGGACAAAGGUAGAAACUGUGUCAACUGCCAGGCUGCGGAGUUCUCUGCUUGCACACUCACCUUCACAGGUUCAGGUGAUACAGAGAGCCCCUCCACCAGCUGCCAGCCAUGGGCCAUCCAAGGCCCUUCCACAUACACAGAAGAGCUACCUGAGCACUAAGACCCAGGCUUUCUGCUUCCAGACAAGAACCCAGCAGAGCAGGACUGUCCGAGGGAUUGGAAGAAGCAGCCUGCAACCAAGGACCAGCCCAAGAAUUUACAAACCUGCAGCAUGGAUGAAGUUUGAGAACAUGGUCUCAGGACAUUCCUGCUGGAGUGGGAAAAUGCGGGGCCCUCAAGAAAGGAUCCCACCUUCAGUGGUCAAACAAAUCAACAGGUCGAAGGAGAAAGAAGGGACCCCUCCUGCAUGGAGAGUGAGUCUGGGAUCCACGGAGAUUCCCUGUGGUCAAGUCACCAAUAUCCAUCUCAGGGACUUUGAGUCUCCAGAGGCCAAUAGAAGUCCAGGCCAUUUCCAAACACCCACUCCAAGGCACUCAGGAGACUCAGCUCUAAAAACACAAGUAUAUAGUGAGACUGACUUCAGAUCAAGCAAGCAACCACAGUCCUGGUCUGUGGGCCAUUGUCCAGACAGCUCCAGUUCAGUGAGCCUGCCUUCAGAGCACCCGUUUCCCAGCUUCCAGAAUAGAACCAAAAAACCCAAGACUUCCCAGAGCCUGGGUCAUGUCUUCGUGAGGAGGGAUCACAGCCCGAGGACCCAGGACUUCAGAGUUCCCAAGGAUAAAAUUCAAGCAAAGAAUCACAAGGUAUUUCAUCCCAACGAAGAGAGGAAGGAAUUUAUGAGAUCCAGAGCCUUAAGCCAGGAGGAACAGCCAGGGAGAGGGACCCCCUCUACUCCGAGCUCCACCUGGUUCAAGGAUACAGCCACAACCAAGACUGAGCCCUCUCUUGAUAUGCCAGGAAUAGAACAGACCCCUCAAGAAAGUUAUCUGAUAAAGAUCAUAAGAAAUAUUAUGCAAUACAUAAGCCUCAGCACAAAAGACCAGGAGCAGGAGGAUUCUCUGAAGAAAGAAAGCUCCCAGCCAUCAUCUCAGAUGACCCAGAAAAAGCUCAUCUACAGCAUGGCAACUGAAGUGCAGUCUCUCAUGAACAUUGUCGUACAGCUCCUGGUGAACUGGCUGGGCCUUAAGGUAGGGCACCCAUCAGAGGCACAAUGGUGUAAAGCGGAACCACUGAUACCCCAGCUGAGAGACUCUUUUUUUCAUUUUCCUGAAGGCAUCUAUGAACCAAAGAAAAUAAGCAGACCAGAGAAAAUAAACUCUGGUCCCCAUACCAGCCCCAUGGCUCAGAGCCACACAUUCAGGAAGAAGGUGAUCGGGGACAAACAUCAGUGUCUCUGCACCUUGGUGGAUGAGACUGGCGAUGAUGCUCUCCUUGGUGGCUUCCGUUAA